AAAGUGCCGGUAAUUGUCUAGACAAAUCCUUCAUUUUCCUUUGAAUUUUCACUCAGAACGCAACUAAAGACAAAUUACAGAAAAAAUGUCGACCUGGACUCCACUUGAAUCCAAUCCCGAGGUCCUGACCAAGUACAUACAUAAACUGGGCGUGUCGCCAGCCUGGUCGGUAACUGACGUCAUCGGACUGGAGGAGGACACUUUGGAAUGGAUUCCGCGUCCCGUGAAGGCGUUCAUUUUGCUCUUUCCUUGCAGCGAAACGUAUGAGAAACAUCGCGCCGAAGAGCACGAACGCGUGAAGGAUGGGCAGGAUCAGCAUCCCGCCGAUCUCUUCUAUAUGCGCCAGUUUACCCACAACGCCUGUGGCACCGUCGCCUUGAUCCACAGCGUGGCCAACAACAAAGAUGUUGACAUCGAUAGCGGUGUGCUGAAGGCCUUCCUGGAGAAGACCGCCUCGCUUUCGCCGGAGGAACGUGGCAAGGCCUUGGAGACCGACAAGGACUUCACCGCCGAUCACCAGGCUCUGGCCCAAGAAGGUCAGACCAAUGCCGCCGAGCACGAGACUGUGAUCCAUCACUUUAUCGCCCUGGUCAACAAGGAAGGCACUCUGUACGAGCUGGACGGUCGCAAAUCCUUCCCGAUCAAGCAUGGCUCAACUUCGGAGGAGACCUUUGUCAAGGAUGCGGCCAAGGUGUGCAAGGAGUUCAUGUCCCGUGAUCCCGACGAGGUACGCUUCACUGUUUUGGCCCUGACUGCAGCGCAGGAUUAGACUGGAACUGAUCUCAAAAUAACUUAUAUACCACCAGAAUAUACAUUUAAAUACCCACCAUAUUUUAAAUCCGGCUGCAUAGGCGAACGAAGCCCCGCCUUUCAGCCGGCCAACAGUUUACGCAUAUUUAUUACAUACGCCUUGAGCCAAAGCCACAAAUGUAUUGGGAACACUAAGAUUGUUAUUAAAGAGUGCACUCGAGCUUGAUGCAAAGCUUAUACUGAAUAA